AUGGACGCAAGUGCAGCACUUCCAACGCCGGAGUCAGAGCCUGAGUCGUCUGCGCCUCCACCACAGGAGGAUGGCCAGGCUUCUGAUGUCCCACCGCAAGUCGAAUCAGAGGCUAAACCACCAAAGGUCAAACCCGAGAUACUGUACGGACUGCGCCUGAAGAAAGGAAGUGAAGAAAGCAUCCAUUACCUUGACAAACCCUUCUUGGGAGUCAAAUACGGCGAUUUCUAUAAUGUAGGCGACACCGACGACUCCGAGUCUUCUGCCAUCAUUGUCGAAGCUCUUGCCGAUGGUGAGAAGAACACAGAGCAGGCCAACACCCCACAAACCUGGUGGGAGAAGCCACUCAGCCCCGACUUUCGCAAGAAUGGCAGCGCCGACAGCAUGCGCGGGCUCAUCCUGACCAUAGUCUCGAAACGGCUUCAAGACGUUAUCAAUCAGAUUGUCGACUACGACCCACUGCAGGCUUCCUAUGGUUAUCACACGCACCAUGCAGACGACGACCUCAACUUUCCCAGUCUUCUGCUGUACUAUAAAGAGAUCAAAACAUGCUUUGAAACUUUCCUUCGGUCGGCUCAAGCCAGAGAGCAAUAUGGAUCUGAGCUGGACAGCUGCAAGGCUCAGAUGGAGACUCUCGGCGACACUUCCUGUCUCCCAUGGGGAAAUCCAUACGGAAAAGUCGAAGCUCUACCGACAAUCACCGACCUCCGGACUGCACGCGAUGUCGGAACUCUGCUCAAGAUCCUGACCCCGUCCUAUAAGCACGCAGUCUUACCUGCUUUACGGCAGCUGCAGAGACCCGUACCGCAAAUCGAGUUUCGACAUUUGUGGAUGAUUUAUGCGCCAGGCACGAUCGUCUAUAGAGAGGUUGACGGUAUACUGACUGCACAUGUCGUUGUAUCAGCCAGGUUUCGCACUGCUGAUCCCAAGGCCUUCUUGCAACAAAGUCGAGUGCAACGAUACCUCGUCGAAGUUUGGAAUCUCACCUACGAUGGUCAAUUCUUAAAGAGAGCGCCGCUGAUGGUCAAGAUUGAAGAUUUCCGCGCUCCUCGCUCUCUGGAGUCACUCGACCUCCUACCCGCGAAUUGGUAUGACCGGGCUGAUGGUGGUCAGAGCGCGGCCCGCAUCAAGCAGCGGGGCGACCAGUUCCUCAACCUCAUCAAGCAAGGCUGUUCUCACAGACUCUUCAGACACGCAAACGCUACAUACGAAGGCGCCGUCAUCCUGGACCCUAUUGCCUACGAGGAGAACAUUGAUGCCGAUGAGAGGCGACGCCAAUAUCGAACCGUUGAUGUAGACUGGCGCGACACACCGUACGAUGAGCGCACUCCCCGAGAGGCUCGCGAUGCGAGAGGUUACCGAAGAUUUCGCAACUAUGUUGACCUCGACACCAGCGAUCCGGCACAGUCCGAGCUGAUAACGGAUGAGCAUCUCUUCUUGUUGGAGGGCAUGAUCAACGGCCUGGCAUUGGCCAAUAAGAAAUGGAUGCGUUUCCACGUCGAAGGCAUCCGCGAGCAGUCACCGUUCGUCGAGGAAAACCAGCUUGAAACGGCACUCACUAUCCACACAUCUGCAGAUCGAGAAGUUCUACAAACAAUCAGGCGAAGGUCAAAUACGCACUCAUCAGACCAAGCCCAACUGCAGCCUGACUUUGUGCCAGGAAAGGGCGAAGGCCAGGUAUUUCUCUUGUAUGGUCCUCCAGGCACGGGCAAGACGUUGACCGCAGAGUGUGUGGCAAACGAUACCAAGCGCCCGCUUCUAUCCUUGAGCAUGUCGGAUCUUGCGCCUGCUUUCGAUACGGAGCUACGCCUCUGGUUCUCGUUGGGGGCUAAGUGGGGUGCUAUAAUCCUCAUGGAUGAAGCAGACAUCUUCCUUGCCAGACGUACAAACAACGGUCCGGACCCAAAUCAGCUGACCACUGUGUUCUUGAGAUCUCUCGAAUACUACGCAGGUGUGCUUUUCUUGACAACAAACAGGCCUGGCCAGAUGGAUGACGCGUUCAUAUCGCGUAUCACUGUCCCUAUCAAAUAUCCAUCACUGAACAAAGUGUCUCAGAAAGAGAUCUGGGAGAGGUUCUGCAACCGCUACGAGGUCGACGAGGAUAACGCGAGGAUUCGCGUGGACUCGGAAGCAAGAGACUACGUCUGCAGCUACGAGAAAGACUUGAAUGGCCGUGAGAUCCGCACAGUCAUGCAGAAUGCUCUGGCGCUUGCUAGGCUUGACGCUGAACGGAAAGCGAAAAACCUGCAGAGGAGGGACUCCGCCACUCUCAAAGGUGCCUUGAACCAAGACUCCAAACAGCAGACCGAGCUGAGGAUCACCGUCGAGCUCAACCACUUCAAGAAGGCACUAAAGCGCCAUCAUGAGUUCAAGGAGUACUUGGACGGCCUCAACUCGGAUCGUCCAGAGCAUGUGCGCAACAAAUUCCGGCAGAACUAUAAUGUAUAG